AUGUCGACAGCCGGUCUCUCACGUGCGUACGCAGUGCUGCGCCAACUCGAUGUCCUGCGUGCCGAGAGUAUCACCAAUCCGCUGCCCAUGCCCGGCGACCACCGCGCCCGUGUGCGAAGCGAAGAGCGAGGCAGAAGUGAGGUGGGACGGUCGCUGUUUCGAUCGCGAGAGGAGUCGGCUGCGCGCGACGUACGCCUGCAGGGAUACCGAACACCACUGCCCACAGAGAGGAGAGGGCGGUGUACCGGUCGCGGAGGCGUUAUCUGGGAGGAUUCGAUAGACGUAGGUGCGACCCAGGCGUCGACUUCCCGCCUUGCUGCGGCGACUGACCACUGCGGCUACUCCUCACAGCACCCGCACGCCUACGCGCCCGUGCACUCACACCUCACCCCUGCAUCCCCCACUCACGACGGACCACAGAUGGAGGCAUCUCGGCCGGCAGCCGCUGAGAGGGACCGCCAUGCCGCAGCUUCCACCACCAGUGCUGGCGUUCAGUCUCGCCGCUCUCCACUCUCUGGAGAGUACCCGCUGGACAACAGCUACGACCACCAUGCGCCGCUGAGUCGCGGCAGCGGUGCCUCUCCGUCGCUCUUGUCGUCAUCGAACUCCCCCCUCUCACAUCGCCGGUACAACGCGCGGGUCACAACAGAAGAACGACCACUGCACCGCUCGCCGUCGGCGCGUGCGGCAGUGCCAUCGCCCGUUGUGUUGCCCGCCUCCUCCACGAGCGAGGCAGUGUACGUGGCUGCUGCCCACACGUCUUCGUUGCUGGAGGUGUACUUUGACAAAGAUCACAUGCAGUCAGUUCUAGACAGCGUGGCCGCUGCCACUGCUGCUGCUACGUCUCCAGCGCGUCCUGGUAAAAGGGCUGCUGGUGAGGCAGACACUGCGCGUUGCCCACACACGCGCACGGCUCGUGGCACCCAUCGCGGUUCUGGGGCGGCGGCGGAUUUUGCGCAUAAUCCCAGCACCUCCGUCGAUGCUUCAGCGACUACGGAGGCUGCCGCCACGCAGUCGUCACUCAGUAACUCUUCACUGAUGGCGAUGCCAGGCGGAGAUGCGCAGUCUGCCAGCGGCACCUCUCUUGUCGUGGCAGCCGAUGAUGAGCGACACCCACUUUGGCAGCUAUCCAUGUCGAAGAACGACGUGGACGACAAGCAACACCACUGCCGCUCGGCAGCCGCCGCUUCUGCGGCGUCUCUGCGUCCUCUACCUUCCCCUUCGCCACCCGGCGACCUGUCGUCCUUCUACACCGCUGCUGGCCGCAGUGUGCGCGCGGAGGGCGGAGGUAACGCGUACGCGGCAGAGGCACCGCAACACUGGCAGGAAGAGGCGUGCGUCUCUUUGAGCAGACACUGCCGCUUGCCACCGCACGGGAUACCGUCCCCACGUGGUGCAGUCGACGCCGGGCCAUCCCCGCCUCCAGCUCUCGCGGAUCGCAGGAGCGAAGGGGUCGGAGAGGAUGGGGGCGGUGGCGCUGGCGAGAGUGAAGGCAGCAGCCGUUUGGGCCUCCAUGGCCUCUGCGCAGGCAGGGCUGAGGAGGGGCGCAUUGGCCAAGAUGCGUACCAAAGGGAAGACGAGUCGCUUCCCCUGCGUGCCCUCUUCGGUGCCGCCGAGGAGAAGCCGGUGCAGAGGGCCGCUGUCGACGAUUACCAUCAGCGCGGUGACACACAAAGGCCGUCGCAGAACGACUCGGGAGGGCAGGGCGUCGCAUGCGGUGGACGUCGUCGCGUGCUGCCGCUGUUCCCUGCUGCGUACACGAAGGCGGUGCCUUUCCUCGACUACCUGGCGCGCGUCAACGCCGCCAGCUCACACCAGUUGCUCAAGGAGCUGGCUGCCAUGGGCGACGCUUGGGCCACCGUAACAAAGGCAGAGGACCCCGCCAGGGGUGGAGGUGAGCAUCCUGAGGUGACAGAGUCGGUUGUGGUUGACUGCCUUGCCAUGGACCUGCUCUUCAACAAGCCUGGCGCACUCGAGUGCAUUGUGGUGCCUUGGCUGCGCACGCGUCUGGAGUCGAUGAUGGCGACGCAUUCGGCAGACAGGAUGCACUCCAGCGCCCGAAAGCAUCGCGGGCGAGGCAAGGCCGUCGCUGCCAACGCACUUCGCCUCACGGCGGAGUCGGAGGCGGAGGGCGCCGGCGCGGAAGGUGCUGCGGCGAACAACAGCGUGCUGUGCGCCAUCAUCGGUCUCGGCCCCGUCGCUUUCACGCUCCUCCCCACUCUCCUGCAGCUACUUAUCUGGCUGCCUCCGCCGUCACCAACGUCGAUGUGUGAUAUGCGCCUGGUUGGACUGGCAAUACGCACCGUCGGCGGUGUCGAGGGACUAGAGGCUGUGAUUCGCAUAGUGCAGCAGCAGGGAGAGGGACCGCACGUUCUGGCUGCAGCGGCGUACGCGCUCAGCACCUACAGCUUCGAGCUCGUCGGCCACACGAGUGUCUUGUGCGUCCCAGCUGGCGCGAUGCGUCGGCCUGAUGCGAAGGGAGGCGCAGACUCGCUUUUCCAGCUUGUGCCGGAUGGCCUUUCCGCCUCUCCUGUGGACUCACUCUCGGCGUCUCCGAUGAUGGAGGAGCUGCGGCCGCUCUUUGGCCGCGACCCUCUCUUGUUCUCUCCCACUGCAACGACAGCAGCGCCGACGGGGCGGCAUCUCCUCCACCUCCAGUCACCACCACCGUACCGACCCACCCACGUGAUGGUUGACGCGGAGCUCGCACGAUGCGAGUUACUGGCGCACCUCCGCUCCGACCAGUUUCACGUGACGCACGCGCAUCCGUACGUCAUGGCGUUACUGAAUGAUGCUCUGAACGCGGGGUUGCUGAGGGCCGUCGUGACGCCGGCGGCGCAGAGUCUGUACUCGCCCACCUUAUCGCAGCUGCGCCGAGACCUGCACCAGGUACUGGCUGAAGGUGUCGCCAGCACCGCCCCACACCAACAAGGCAAUGACGUCGGCAGUGACGUCGAUGAAACCGGGGCAACUGUGCACGCGCUGUUGCGACUUCCGCGUCUCCCGUACUCCCUUGAUCGGUUCUUCGCAGAGGAAAAAGACAUGCUUUUUGCACUGGAGUCGGCGCUGGUGCACGCCCUCUUGGCGCGCUCCGCGACGCCGCUGGUGCAGGAGCAGGCGCUCAUGUCGCUGAGCACGCUGCCUCCGGUGGCCCGCGUGCACGUGGUGCAGCCUGUGACGGACUUCUUUAUAAGGUCGGCACGCACGCUGCAGCUACAACAGGCGACCACGAUGCGACGCACUGUCACCCAGGCUGGCCGCAGUGGCCCUCCAGCAACCGGCCGUGGCCCCUGUAAUGGAGCCAGAGGGGUAGAUGCCGACGGUGCUGUCACCGUCGCAGCGGCCAUCGCUGCCGGCACUGUGUGCGUGAACCCCCUUGCCCCGAGUUCUUGCGUAGAUAGCUGUGUUGCGUCGCUCGUUCCCGUCUUCCAGGAGCUGCUCCACUCGCCGUUGUGGCGGGUGCGGCACGCGGCGUGUGUGGGGCUCGCGCGCGUUGGCCCGUUGACGGCAGACCCAUCCUCUAUUGUUGACUUCCUGCUCACCUGCCUUGUACUCCAUGCCACUUUGGUAACGGAGGGGGGCGGCUCAAGCCAGGCGCCGUCUGCCGUCGCCACACGGUCACCAGAGCUGCCGUUGCAGUCUGCCACUGUCGUGUGGUGUCUUGCCCAGCAGCGGCAGGGCGGUGCGCGGGCACUGUUGCAGCUGCUGCAGGACCCUCAGCAGCCUUCGCAAGUGCACCAUUGGUGCGCCUUUCAGCUCGCCGAGGUGGACGUACGCGAGGCGUGCGCUAAUCUAAACAGGGGCGAGUCCCCUGAAGCCGACACGCUGCUGGAUGAGCUGGUGCAGGUGCUGGGCAGGCUCAUCGCGACGCAGGGUGCCUUGGAAGAGGACACCGUGCUGCUCUGUGUGCGUGCGUUGGCAGAGGUGGUGUACCGACACUACGUCCAUGCAACAUCGCCGGCCAACACUGCUGCUGCGAUGGACGCUGUCCUUUCCCUCGACACGGUUCAGCCGGCGCAGGAGGCUGCCGCCUGCUACCAGGAGGAGGAGCCUAAUGCCUGCUACACUGUCCUCACGUCGGUGCUGGAGUCGGCACUGCUGCCCACCAACGUCCUAAAGGCGCUGUGCCUGUACCUCUGUAGGUACGGCGGUGGCCACGGGGAGCUGUACAUAUGCACGGAGCUGCUCCAGAGCAGCUCCGUCGCCGUUCGCACCGCCGCCGCAUUCGGGCUUCGGGCCUGCGGCGCUAAGGUUCUGCGUAGCGUCGUGCUGGGCAUGAACGACGACAGCUUCGACGUGCGGCGGGAGUCCUUCGAGACACUGAGUGCCAUCGGUGCAGCUGCGGCGCUGGAGGUGCUGCGUCAGCGGCCGGCAGAGCACCGAUAUCAAGUGCAAGCCGCACUACGCGAUUGCCUGCUGCAGGACGCCAGCCGCCCCGUGCCACGCAAGGUGGCCGAGACUCUGUAUCGUGCACUUGUGGACGAGGAACUGCUCGCGGCGCAGGAGCUGUCGUAG